UUUAUAUCUCUCAAAGUUUCUGAGACUUUGCUCAUUUUGUUCUCCAUCUACAACUAUCCGUUUUACCUCUGUGUCGCAUGCAAACCCACUUUUUCGCAUUCGAUCAAUUUGUUUGUUUCAGCAGCAAAAACCUGGAAGAUCCUGACCAUCGUUGUGGCUUUUCCCGGCGUCGGCGUCUGCAUGGCCAACGCCUUCAUGAAGGCGCAGGAACAUGAGCAGCCCGAAUUUGUUCCCUAUUCACACCUGCGCAUCCGCUCCAAGAAAUUUCCUUGGGGCGAUGGAAACCACACGCUGUUCCACAACUCUCACGCAAACGCUCUUCCUGAAGGUUACGAGGGCUCAGAUCACUGAUCGUUAUUAUUGAUUAUCUGAGCUGCUUCAAAUACGCCGACCUGCACCGCCAACAAUAAAACAACUUCAUCCUGGAUUAAGCUGCUUCUGUUUUCUCCUGUAAUAAAACAUGCAUCAAGCAUCAGAUAUCCAUUAUA